AUGGCGGCUGUUUCUCCGGCGAGAUGCCUUCUCGUCACCGGUCCUCCAGGCGUAGGGAAGACUACGCUGAUCAUGAGCCUGUUACAGAGCUUAAAGGUUACUUACCCUAACUUAAAGGUGCAAGGCUUUUACACUCGUGAGAUUAGAGAAGGAAAUGAGAGAGUAGGAUUUGAGGUGGUAACUAUUGAUGGCCGUACUGGUCGUCUUGCCUCCAACAAAAUUUCUAGCUCAGAGUCUCUCAGAUGGCCCAUGGUAGGGAGAUACAGGGUGGAUGUGGCUUCAUUUGAAUCAUUAGCUUUGCCAGAGUUGCAGAUUAAGGAAGAUACAGAUCUCUUUGUCAUCGAUGAAGUAGGCAAGAUGGAGCUGUACAGUUCUUUCUUUUAUCCCGCUGUACUAAGAGUUCUGGAAUCUAAAAUCCCACUCUUGGCAUCUAUUCCCCUUCCAAAAUCUGGCGUCGAUAUACCUGGAGUUGCAAGGUUGAGAAAUCAUGCAGAAUCCACAGUUUUCACAAUGAACACAAGUAAUAGAGAUGCUAUGAAAGAACAUAUCUACUCUUGUUUGGUGGAGUUACUGCAGAAACAUUAG